GACUUUCCUUCCAGUCAUUUCCGUAUUCUAAACCAAAAAUAAUUCUAAACUAGAGAAUUAAUUUCAAUUUACUUAACUUAACAAAGGUUAAUAACCAAGACUUGGUUGAGUCAAAUAUUGUCUACUCUCACAGUGUCACUUUCGGUAUAUCUCUAUUUAUAGCAAGUUUAUCUAACCUCUGAAAAAGGUGAAGCAUCAUGGAUCAAGAAGCCUCUCCACUCUCCUUCGCUAUGCAAUUACCAGAGAUUCUCCACAAAAUCAUGCAAUUUCUCCCCCACUCGGACCUCAUCUGUUGCACCUUUGUCAACACUCUAUGGGAGCGAGAGGCCCGCAUCCACCUCUUGGCCCGAUACGACCUCGACCUCCACCCCGACUCCAUGAACGCCUACAUGACCACCAUGUCACCCAGAUCCAACUGCCACGAACGGGUCAAUUACGGUGUCCAGAAACACGUCAUGUUCUCCGUCUAUCAUCCCGACUCGGUCGAAAUGCUGGAAAAAUUCGUAACCUUAAACCCCUGCAAAGUCAAGCAUUUAAAAUUAGAUUGGUAUUUGGACGGGACCAAGACGUCAGAGAAAAAAUAUUUAGAAAUUCUUGCCAAAUUUACCAACCUAAGUUCCCUCCAGGUCCAACCGAUCUCGAUAAAUCAUAGAAACUCGGAAAAAAUAUGCCACACGGAUAACUUUCCAAAACUGAGGAAAUUUGGAAUUGAUGGUUUAUUCGUGUCAUCUCAAAUUCAUAACGAGGUCGAGAAUCAAGUCGUAAUUCGUGACUUUAUGGCGAGAAUGUUUCCACUAUUUCCGAACUUGACAGCUCUCGAGUUAGCUUGGAUAGGAAAAACUGGUCUUGAACAUGUCUUGGUACAAGGAAAUUUCCCGAAAUUGAAGUCUUUAUCGUUAGCAAAUUGUGAUCUUGAUUGGGGUCCCGAAGCGCAAAAGAGAUUCGAACCGUUUGGACCGCUGUGGAAGCCGUCGUUUUCUUUGAAUAGGUUAGGAUUUAAUGUGUUUGUUAAAUAUUUGGAUAUUUAUGGACUGAUUUUGCUAGAGAAAUUUGCAUCCGAGUUGGAAUAUUUGCAUAUUUUUCGCAUACCGGUGAGAUUAUGGGAGGGUGUGCCAGCUGAAAUGCUAGGUGUGCCAGGUGGAGGAGGAGAUGGAGGUGAUGUGCGUAUCCCGGUCCUUCCUAAGUUGAAAGUGUUAAAAAUCUCGUACAAUUUGGACGGUAAGUUGGAUGACAAUGAACGAAUAGUUCCCUACUUCCGGUUUGAGGGUAAAAAUAAAGUGGCGAAAACACGGGAGGUUCCAUACAAAGAGCAUUUUCCAUUGUUGGAAAAGAUUCUAUUUUGUGAAGACUACCUUUCCAAAGGGUUCGGAGAGGAAGAAGCGUAUCUGAAACGGUACGAGAUGUUUGUUAAACUGUUAUGCAUUUCAUUCUUAUCGGACAGUACUGCACCGUGCAGUUCGGUGAUACGGGUUGAGCUUCCGGCCCCACCGGAGGGGUUCAGAGUGAAAAUUGUACAGGGCGGCGGUGAAAUUUGGGUGGACGAGAAAAAUUUGUAUGAUCGGAUUGUCAGGGUUUUUCCAAAUUUGGAAUGUGACGUGUUGGACUUGUGGGAGUCGGUGAGGCUUAAAAAGAGGGUGAUGUAUGAGCCAAAAUAUGUAAGUGCACCUGUAAGUUGGACCAAAUUGAUGAAGUUACUUAAGCCGACGGGGGAAAAAUGACGGGAAUAUAUGUUAAAAGUCUGAAAAGCCAGUAGGGGUGGCGCUCAGAACUUUAUUGUUUUAUAGUUUCCAGUUUUUUUGUUAAUUACAAAUAUCUGGCAUUUCAACAAUUAUGGAUGGAUUUUCUUCAUUGCUGUUGAAAAAUGAUCCGAAUUAGUUGUAUUUGCAGAUUUUUUAAGUUCAAAAAAUUGUAUGUACAAACGGUAAAGGUCACAGGGUCAAGUCUAACAUAAUACAUAAUUUUAUUACUUAUACUAAUUGUAAGUAUAUGGAGGUAUUUUAUUAACGAUGUACAUAUUCAUAUGCAAAUGUAUGUAUACCUGGUGAAAAAGUGACAUUAAUUAAACGUUCUUAAUUAUUAAUCCAUGAUCUGGUUAGUUGUAGAAUUAAUAUUGGUUUUAUAUUUACAUAAAUUAUGCAUGACUUGUUGUUACAUUUGGUGUCAGAUUAAUGUAUGUAAAUGUACAUAUGCAUGUAUUUAUUGCCGAUCAUGUAGUAUUGUAUUGGUACAUCUUGAUUUGAAAUAAAACUUAAGUGUUUAUUUAUGAAGUGCAAA